AUGAUUUCAUCAUUUUCAAAAUUAAGAAAACCAUUAUCUUUGCUUAAUUCAACAAAGAAUGGAUAUUGUUAUAUUACAAAUGUAAAUAAAUCAAUAACUUCAAUUACUACUUUAAAUAAUAAAGAAAGUAUAGUUAAUUCAAUUCAAUUAAAUAAUAAUAAUAAUAAAAAUGAAAAUUUAAAAUUAAACAAAAAUUUAUCAUAUGGUUUAAUUCAACAAUAUUCAACAAAAAAAAAAGGAAAUGAAAAAAAAACAGGAGCAGAUAAACAUCAAACAGAUAAAGUUAUAUUAUCAAUGGUUGGAGUUAAUAAAAGAUUAGAUGAUGGUAAAAUUUUAUUAAAAGAUAUAUCACUUUCAUUUUUAGAAGGAUCAAAGAUUGGUUUACUUGGUACCAAUGGUAGUGGUAAAUCAUCAUUUAUGCGUAUUUUAUCACAAGAAGAUACGGAACAUGAUGGACAAGUAUUAUAUUCAAAAGGAUUAACAGUUGGAUUCCUUCAUCAAGAACCAGAGUUGGAUGCAGAUAAAACUGUUGAGGAGAAUAUUUUCGAUGGUGUAGCAGAAAAGAAGGAGAUAUUGGAUGAACAUGAAGAGAUCGAGGAAAGAUUAGAGGAUGAAGAUGAAGAGUUAACUAAACAAGAAAGAAAACAAUUGGAAAAGAGAAGAGAUGAAUUGGCUGAUAUUAUUGAGGAAGAAAGACUUUGGGAUUUAAAGAGAAAGAUUGCAAUUGCAAUCGACGCAUUAAAUUGCCCACCAAGUGAUAGUAAUGUAACAACAUUGUCAGGUGGUGAAAGACGUAGAGUUGCAUUGGCACGUUUACUAAUUUCAAAUCCUGAUGUAUUACUAUUGGAUGAACCAACAAAUCAUUUGGAUGCAGAAAGUGUUGCAUGGUUAGAACGUUUCUUGCAUGACUACCGUGGUACAGUGGUUGCAAUCACUCAUGACCGUUACUUUUUAGAUAAUGUCGCCAAUUGGAUUUUAGAGGUUGAUCGUGGUUCACUCAUACCAUUCAAAGGAAAUUACUCGGGUUGGUUAUUACAAAAGGAGCAACGUCUCUCAAUGGAGAAUAAAAAGGAGGAGGGAAGAAAGAAAGCCAUUAAAAAGGAAUUGGAGUAUCUUAAAGGUGGUGUUAAAGCUCAAACUAAAAAGAAUAAAGUUCGUAUUGAUAAAUACAAUGAAUUGGUGGCAAGUGCACCAGAGAAAUUCAGAGAACCAGGUAGAAUUUCAAUUCCACCUUGUCCACGUUUAGGUAGAGUAGUAUUUGAAGCCAAAGAUAUUAGUAUGGAAUUUGAUGGUAGAACUUUAUUUAAAAAUUUAAAUAUCGAUAUUGAACCUGGUUCAAUCGUUGGUAUCAUUGGUGCAAAUGGUACAGGUAAAUCAACACUUUUUAGAAUCAUGACUGGUGAAUUGAAACCAUUGACCGGUUCAAUUAGAGUGGGUGAAACCGUUCGUAUGGGGUUCGUCGCACAAUCACGUGCUUCAAUGGACGACGAGAAAACCAUCUAUGAAGAGGUUGCCGAUGGCUCCGAUGAUGUAGUUAUGGGUGACAAUUAUAAAAUUCACGUAAGAGAAUACAUCUCUCAAUUCAAUUUCCGUGGUCCAGAACAAGAUAAAUUCAUUGGCUCUCUAUCUGGUGGUGAACGUAAUCGUGUUCAUAUUGCAAAAAUGAUUAAAAGAGGUUGUAAUCUUUUAUUAUUGGAUGAACCUACCAAUGAUUUGGAUGUUGAUGUAUUACGUAAUUUAGAAACUGCCAUUGAAGAUUAUCCAGGUUGUGCUGUUAUCAUUAGUCAUGAUCGUUACUUUUUAGAUCGUCUUUGUACUCAUAUUAUUGCAUUUGAAGGUGAUGGUCAAGUAAUCGUUCAUGAAGGUAAUUAUGCUUCCUAUGAAGAAGAUAGAACUAGAAGAACUGGAAAAAAAUAUGAUCCAUCAAGAUCAAAAUUUAAAAAGAUUCAAACUGUUUAG